AUGGUUGAGGUGAAAGAGAUAAACGAAUUUAGGUCUUCUUUGUUCAAAGGUGAUGGGGAUGCACUUGAUAUUCGUAGACUAUUGACAUUCCUCCUUGGACUCAAACCCUCUCUCUUGAAGCUGGAUUUCGGCUGGCAUAUUAUUUCUUAUUUCUGCAAAGAUGGGCAAGAUAUUGAUGUAAUGGGAUUGAAUUCACUGAUUCUCAACGACACUCCUACGUUUUUGUCUUCGAUGGAUUUUAAAAAAUGCGACAUGAAAGGAAUUGUCGUGGACCAACUCAAACUGAUUUGUUUGUUUGGUAUGCUUGAAUAUCUUCUGCGGAAUGAUGUGAAGUAUAACUAUGUGCGCAUCAGUGAAUUCAUUAGUCCUUUCAUAAUUGAUCACCUCAAAACCUAUUCAUCCGACGUUUUAAUACAAACUAUCGCUUUAGCAAAGUUGUGGUGGACAUUCGUCUGUCAGAAAGUCUUUAAAGAGAAUUUCGAUGCCUCUAUAAUGAGAUGUGCAAAAAUAGUCUGCAGAUGCGUUUGGCUACAUGCUGGGUCAACAAAUGGAGUUGUACAGAAAUCUGUCCUUGGGUUCUUCGAGCAUGUACUUUGUACAUUUUUGACAUUGAAAAAGAAAGAUUUUUCAUUUUUGUACAAUUUUAGCGUUCUUAUCAAUAGCGUGACUACAUGUCACUCAAUGAAUCCAGCAAACCACUACAAAUUGCAGAAAAAUUCGCUUCACUGUUUGAUUCCUGUUUUGAAGUGCUUGGGAACCGCUAAAGUUUCAAGCUAUGUAUCGUUUUUAGUAUGGAGUCUAUUACUGGCCACUGAUGACAAUUGUACGUUGAAUUCGGCUUGUGAUGUCAUAAUAAUGAUUAUUGAUGAACAGAGUAAUUCUAUCAAGGAAAACGGUGCGGAAAACGAUUACUAUUGUGUAUUAAGUCCUAUAAUUAGAUUUUUGCUAACUGGAAAUGUGGACUGUCCUAUGUCAUAUGUUCCUGGUGGCUGUUGUUCUAUCAAAGCUACUAAAUUAUUUCAGGGUGCGAACUGGGACAGUUUUGUUCAUAGGUGUUUGACUGCUAACUUCGCUUUGCUACCUAGCCAAAAAACAGUUAAUAACAUUUGA